AUGCCCAACGUGGGCAGAGAGAGGACGCCUGCUGCCAACGGGGUGGCCGUGAACAAUGACCAGGAAGGCAUCCCAUCUGACCAGAAACACCAGCCAACACAAGCACCGCCCAAGAGGCCGAAACGAAAACUCAAACUUACUGCCUCUCAGCGUGAGAGGAAACGAGCAAUCGACCGCGAGGCACAACGAAGUAUCCGGGUCAAAACCAAAAAUUACAUUGCCCAUCUGGAAAACCUCGUCCGUAUUAUGGAAAAGGGUGGCACCGAUUCGCGGGAGGGAGGAGCAGAUAAAAAUGGCCAAGGACACGCUCCAAAUGGGCAAUCAGAGGAGAGAGCCAGGGAAUUAUUGUCUCAGUUGAGACAAAGCCAGGAAGAAGUCGGACGAUUUAGAGAGAUGGUUUCUGGGGUGCAGAGGCUGAUUGGUGGUGCCCUAGAUUCGGCUCCCGAAGCCGAGCCAAAGCGGCUGACGUUUUCCGGCCUGGCGACGAAUGGGCCCUCGGUACAGCCUGCCUUUCAACGAGGGUUGCAGGAGACAUCAAGCCAGAUCGAAAAUUGUGCGUCGGUCUACUCUCACAGCUCGGGUUCAUCUUCUGCCCUGGUUGAAUAUGGAUAUUGCCCACCACAGUCUAAGCAACCGAAAGCUGCCGCGGAUGCGGCACAAGGUCACCCAUCGAUGUCGGUUGGCUCGCAAGUCCAGCCACUGAGCCAGCACGAUCGAUUCGAUGCUUGCGAGAGAUUGUUUUCAGCCCAAGGCGUAACGGAGCGGCAACCUUCAACAGAGCGACCUGAUGUGCCCCAGGGCCGGGUGGAAGGCGAGUUAUUCUUCUUUUCCGAGCGGGAAAUCAACCGGGUAUUGGCUGAAAGUCAUGGGUAUUUUGCCAACCAACCAUUUGACGAGGAUAUCAUUGUCCGGGCGGUUUUGCAUGGCUGGCGAGAUGUUCAAGACCAAUAUGUGCUCGACAGUGGAUGGCACGCAUUGAAAAGGAUUGACCAGGUGGUUUUCGGCGAAUGUGGGAUCGUGGAGAGAAUGGCCAUCCUGCGCACCAUGAGACUGAAGCUCCUGCACCAAGGUCACCGGGGCCCGCGGUCUCUUACCUCGUUACCGUCAUUCCACUGCAGAGGCCCCACGGAAGAUGUCGAGGCGUUGGAGAAAAUUCCCAUAAUCGAACACUUUGUUUGGCCCGGGUUCCGCAUCAACCUAUGCAAUAAUGCCAGGAAAUACAUCAACAAUAAGUUCUCCGACGCAUUCCGGCACUCAUUCAAAUUCCUCUGGCCUUAUGACAUCUCAGACCUUUAUGUUCGAGAUCCUGUCGCUCAACUAUAUUCGACCGCUCCUGAGUUCAUCCAAAGACAGUCGGAUCUCCGUUCAUGGACCAUGCGAAAGGAGUUUUUUGAGGGGCUACCUGAAUUGUUUGCGGCGAUUCCUGUCUACGACACCCCUCUUGACCGAGCCUUGGUACCCACGGGAUCGAUGUCGACGCAAAUGGGCAUGAACACGGACUUGGACCAUGGCCGAAAUCACCAACAAGUUCCUACGGGAAGAGUGGAGGAACAAGAAGUGGAGGAUUCGCAGCUGGAGUCGCUCCCUCCGCCUCAAUCUGCAGUGCCUGUGGAUGGUACCGUGGGUGACGUUCCGGUCAGUGUUAUGCCGCAAUCGUCGGAGAUUGAAGCAUGGCUUGGAGAUCCUGAUAUGAGACCUAAUCUGCGUCAAUGCUGGAAUAUGGCAUCGGGCAUGAAUGUUGGGUACAGUAGUCUGUGGGCUGGAUUGUCAAGAGGAUUUGUGGACUGA